GGAAAGAAGAGAAUGGAGGGGCGGCUGGCUGAGAAAAUGGCUGUUGAUGGUGGGUGUGGGGACACUGGAGACUGGGAAGGUCGCUGGAACCAUGUAAAGAAGUUCCUCGAGCGAUCUGGACCCUUCACACACCCUGAUUUCGAACCAAGCACUGAAUCUCUCCAGUUUUUGUUAGAUACAUGCAAAGUUCUAGUCAUUGGAGCUGGUGGCUUAGGAUGUGAGCUCCUCAAAAAUCUGGCGUUGUCUGGUUUUAGACAGAUUCAUGUUAUAGACAUGGACACUAUAGAUGUUUCUAAUCUAAAUAGGCAGUUUUUAUUUAGGCCUAAAGAUGUUGGAAGACCUAAGGCUGAAGUUGCUGCAGAAUUUCUUAAUGACAGAGUUCCUAAUUGCAAUGUAGUUCCACAUUUCAACAAAAUUCAAGAUUUUAACGACACUUUCUAUCGACAGUUUCAUAUUAUUGUUUGUGGGUUGGACUCUAUCAUAGCCAGAAGAUGGAUAAAUGGCAUGCUGAUAUCUCUUCUAAAUUAUGAAGAUGGUGUGUUAGAUCCAAGCUCCAUUGUCCCUUUGAUAGAUGGUGGGACAGAAGGCUUUAAAGGAAAUGCCCGGGUGAUUCUGCCUGGAAUGACUGCUUGUAUUGAAUGUACACUGGAACUUUAUCCACCACAGGUGAAUUUUCCCAUGUGUACCAUUGCAUCUAUGCCCAGGCUACCAGAACACUGUAUUGAGUUUGUAAGGAUGUUGCAGUGGCCUAAGGAGCAACCUUUCGGAGAAGGAGUUCCCAGAGAUGGAGAUGAUCCUGAACAUAUUCAGUGGAUUUUUCAAAAAUCUGUAGAGAGAGCAUCACAAUAUAAUAUUAGAGGUGUAACAUAUAGACUCACUCAAGGGGUAGUAAAACGAAUCAUUCCUGCAGUAGCUUCCACAAAUGCAGUCAUUGCAGCUGUGUGUGCCACUGAAGUUUUUAAAAUAGCCACAAGUGCUUACAUUCCCCUUAAUAAUUACUUGGUAUUCAAUGAUGUAGACGGACUAUACACUUACACAUUUGAAGCUGAGAGGAAGGAGAACUGCCCAGCUUGCAGUCAGCUUCCUCAAAAUAUUCAGUUUUCUCCAUCAGCUAAACUACAGGAGGUUUUGGAUUAUCUAACCAAUAGUGCUUCUCUGCAGAUGAAAUCUCCAGCCAUCACAGCAACAUUAGAGGGAAAAAAUAGAACACUUUAUUUGCAGUCAGUAACCUCUAUUGAAGAACGAACAAGGCCAAAUCUUUCUAAGACAUUAAAAGAAUUAGGACUCGUCGAUGGACAGGAACUGGCUGUUGCUGAUAUCACCACACCACAGACUGUACUAUUUAAACUUCAUUUUACUUCCUAAGGAAAAUAAAUCUGCACGAACUAAAAAACUCAUGGAAAUAAUAUACUCCAUGGAUGCUAAGAAAUUUUAAUUGGUGUCAUUUUAGCAUUAGUGUUGGUGGAAUUUGACUUCUUACAUAAUGAAACAUUGUUUUUUGUAACUCUCCCUUGAAGACAGAAUUUUGGGGUUGGAACUUAAAAGUAUUUUCAUCGGUAAUAUGGGAAAUAAUGCCUGCAGAGAGAGAUUAUAAACAAAUGUAUUGCUUCUUUUAGAGGAGGAGGUAAAUACCCUUCAUGUGUGAAUUCUGAUAUUAUGGUCAAAAAACGCAUUCUUCAGCUUUCAUUUGAGCACCCACACAUACAAAAGAUGUCCCAUUAAAGAAAUUGGUUUAAAGUGUUAAAUAUUCAAUCUGACAUCUAAUGUAUAUUGAAUAUAAACUGUCUAUUGAUUUAAUGUUCAUUUAAGUGUGGCUGUCCAAAUGGAUAUUAAUUACUACAGAGUUUAUUUUGUCCAUAAUAAUAUGUAAAUGGUGUCAUAGCUGAAUAUCUGCAUGAAAAUGGGGAAUAUUUUCAUGUGUUUAUUUGCAGUGCCAAUAUGCACAAUAUUAAAGCCAAGAUAUGGCUGUUUAAAAAAUUUAAUAUUUAAACAGUUAUCACUGAUGCUUUCACAAUAUUUAUUAAUAAAAUCAUAUAUUGUCUACUUUU